CCAGGAUUAUUGCAAAAAAGUCAUUCUUCUAUGCUUAUCUUGACUGUUGUUGCGCCAGAGCGGAUCGCCACCUACGAUUAUUGUCACAACAACACACGGAAAGAGUUUUAUUGCUCCUCUAGUAGUAGUUUAUCAUAUACUACCACUUGAGGUCAUCGUAGUCAUCAAUCUCUUAUAACAAUAUAUCCAUCCACUCCACAUCAACUGUCACAAAAGAGCUUUGGAGUAUCCUUACUUUCUCUCCAGUCUUCAUUGAAAGUGCAAUUCAGCCUUUUUAAUAUUCAAUUUCUAUCCCCGAAAGUCACAUACAGUCUUUUUGACUUUUCUUUUUAACAGAAGAAAGACUUUCUUGUACUGCCGGUACAUUACUUCGAGAUGAGAGUCUUCUCAUCGACUUGCACAUUUGAUUAUUCAUGGGAGGAAGUCUCUGCGGCAAAUUGGCGCAAGUACUGCCCUUGGAAUGACAAGUCUACGCAUGUGGUGGCAGUGGACACUUUGUCUCGAGUGGUAGACCUUGAAACAGGCAUUCUACAUACUGAGCGUCUUAUUACGUGUCAUCAGUCGGUACCACAAUGGGUACUUUCGCUAUUUGGAGGGAGUGCCACAUCUCAUGUUUAUGAAGUAUCAUAUGUUGAUCCAAGCUCCAAGAAGGUCACAAUGUGCUCAACCAACCUCACGUGGUCCAAUGUCUUGAAUGUCAGAGAGACUGUUGUUUACCAGCCAUCAUUUCUGAACCCAUCAUCUACCACCGAAUUCAACCAGGAAGCGAAAAUCACUGCUCUUUGUGGUGGGUGGCAGAGAAUCAAAAACAAGGUAGAGGAAGCUAGUGUGGAAAGAUUCAGUCAAAAUGCAAAAAAGGGUCGAGAAGGGUUUGAAGCAGUCCUUGAGAUGAGUCGGCGGGUUUUCAGUGAGCAGCGUGAACUUGACAGAAAUAAACUGAAGCCCUGAAUAUAUACACCGCUGAGCUAUUCUUAUUUUCUGUUUUAUAAUGUUAUCAGCGGUUGCAUUCAUUGGCGUCACCCCCUCCCCCUCUAAGUACUUGCCUCGGUGUGGUCUCACCUCUUGGGAAAUAUUCAAUAAAUAUUUACUGAUAGUGUUUUAUUCCCAUACGAGAUCACUGUUUGAAUUAUUUUUCUGGUCAGCAACGGUUCUUAUGUUAGUCAUAUAAAGACAGAUGAUUAGUGACUUCUAUAUUUUAAUAAUUUAUUAAAG